UAUUUGAGAGUGGUUGUGUGAUUUUAAAUUUAUUUUAGUUUAGUUUCGUCUUUCUUGGUUAUCAGACCUUUUAUGAAUUGAAUAAUAAUUAAUUCAAAAGGUUUGCUUUAUAUAAUUGUUUUAUAUCCAACCAUCCGUGUUAUUAUCUUCUGAAAAUUACAAACAGCAAAGAUGCAAGAAACCGUUACAAAUACAAACGAGAGGAAAUCUUUAUUUUCUUCUUUCUUGGAAGUCCUCGAAGCCCGAGAAAAGCAAGCUCAAGCUGAUAGACAAAUACAAGAGGAAAAAUAUCAGAGAAGAACACAAAGAAUUUACGAUUUUCAUGACCGCCAACAACGUGAUGCAGUGGAAUUGCGGCGGUGCCUAGAUUAUGUGUCACAGCACGCACACGUGCUGGAGUCUGUGCUGCGCAGCGCUUCAGGAGAGGGCGUACCGCUCUCGGCGGCGUUGGUCCGCCAAGCGGCCGCGCUGCAGCGCUGCAUGGCGCAGUGCGUGGCCAACGCGUCCCGCAUCCGACACCUGCUCACAGCCGCGCACCAGCCUCAGAUGGACACCAUGCUCGCUAAAAUGGAGGCAGAGCUCAGCACAUGGACAGCGUUCCUGCAGCGCGCCGUCGAUGCCACGUACAACACGGAGGUGGUCAUAGACAACGUGCAAAAUCUUAUUGCGGAGCAAAAGCGAUGCGUGCGCGAGGUGUCAGCGAGUAGCGUGUUCACAUCACUGUGUGGUGCGAGUGCGAGCGGAGCAGUGGCCGAGGGCGAAGCGGGCGCGGAGGCUGCAGCGGAUGCGGAGGAGACGCAAGCGGCGCGUUCGCCCGUCGGCCGACGCGUGCUUUCCGCGGCCUGCAGUACUCCCAUCGCACGCGACUAGCCCCCGCCCCCGCCUCCGCCCCCGCCGCCUGCGCGCCCGACCCUCGCCGCGCUGUGCUGUGCGCUGUGCCCCGCCCACACUCGUUCUACAAACUUACUCUCGCUCUAAAAUCAUCAUCAUCAAUUCUGUAAUCAGAUCGUCUGGUCGGGCCGACUGAAAACUUUUUAUGAAUUAAUAAUUAUAUUACGAGCAUCGAUAACUCUCGAGUGUCGACGAUCGAAUCGAUUCCGAAGUGAUGUCGCGAGAGGUCUCGACCGCCGCCUCGACGAUCAGUUCGACGACAAGAUAUUGUAGCCGGGCGAGGAGCGUGUCUGUGUGCCUGCGAGCGACGUCGACGUCGACGUCGACGCGACACGUUCAACGAUCAAAACCCAUAGUGUGCAAAUGUAUCGGAAUCGUUUAAGAAAUAAAUUAUCGGGUUAUAUCUGGACAUGAGCGAAUAAUAUUUAUAGAGACGUGCAGAGUUCCCGCGUCGCGACACUCCGUCUCGCGAGACAUCUGCGGUGUCGAGUUUCCGAGUAAACGUAGUGGCUGACGAAGUGGCCGCGAGUCGGGUUUCUCUCCGGGAAUGUUUCGUUUCCGCUCAGACGACUUAUAGAAAAACCUUAAUUAAUCACAGUAUACCUUUACGAGUGAGUGGUUACGUUUUUCUAUAAUGUAAUCAUUUAUAUGUCUCAACCCGUACGCCUGCGUUCCGUUGACGGCGUCUCGUGCUUAAAACGACGAUGACUCGGACGGGUGGCGUUGGGAAUACUUGAAAUAAAUAUAAUUCUCGUUCGAAGCUUGAGUCGAAAGCACAUUAUAGUCGCCACUUGUAUCGUAUCGUAUCGAAGCUUUUAGUCGCUAGGACGUCAUAGUUAUAAACCAAUGCACGAAGAUUCGCCCGGACCGAGGUUUGGAUGACGGACGUACAAAGAGGUGUUACUCCACUGCCUUAUCACGUGUGUUCAAUUCGCGCAAACUGCCGAAUAUAUCGUUUGUAUCUUUAUAUUAUAUAAUUCAUAGAUAUAGCGGUCGCAGGUGUCUUUGAUACUUUUGCCUCGAUAGUGUUUUUAAAUAUUUUAUAUUACUCUUAUACGCAUUUAUCCUAAUCAAACGUACUCGUGCUUUUGUGUCGUAUGAGCGAUUGUAGUUGAUGUAACCGCUGCCUUUGGCGCGCACGCUGAUGUUGAGCAGCCGAGCCACGAGCGAUCAUUGUGUACGUUACGUUUAGAAAUUGCAUGUCGUAGUAUUCAGUUCUGUUUCAUCGCUGUCUACGAAACCAUACAAACUUGCGUAUUGUCAUGUAAGUAUCGAAUAUCGUUCUGAUGUUAAGCUUUUUUUAUUAAAACACUUAUUCAUGCUCACUAUUGUGCCGUUAGGAGGCGUGUACAAGGAAAAUCUUUCAUAUAACAAUUUUCGAAUGACCUGUUACAUUAGUUAAAAAUUGUAUAUUACAAAUUGUAAAAAAUAUAUUAUAACUAUAUAAAUAUGUACGUAUUUUCAAAGCGAAACAUAAAAUGGAAAAACUCGCAAUAUAUUGUUACGUUCGCGCCGGGCCGCCCCGCACCGGGCGGUAGAACGGUUCACAACUUAUAUUAAAUGUAUUAUAAUCUCCUGACUGCCUCGUUGGUCUAGUGGCUUGAUGUAAGGCCGCAGACCCGGAGGUCCUGGGUUCAAUUCCCAGGUCGGGCCAAUAGAAAGUUAUUAGGUUUUUCUGUCAGAAAAUUCUCAGUAGCAGCCCGGAGUCUUAAAGUUCAAGCCGUUGGUCCUGCGCCUGAACUCUUUCCGGUCUUGUCGGAUUGUCGUCCCAUCGGAUUGUGAGAGUUAGGGAAUAAAGAGUGCACCUGUGUUUGCGCACACACUUGUGCACUAUAAUAUCUCCUGCGUAGUUGGCUAAUCUCUUGAGAUUGGCCGCCGUGGCCGGAAUCGGUCUGGAGGACAUUAUUAUUAUAGUCUUCUAUAUAUCUGAUAAGUAAGUUAUUCGCGCGCAUUGCCUUCGAUAUUACAUUUAGGGCAUACAUACGUUAUGUGGUUGAAAUACGAGUAGCUGUUCGAUUUAUAUAAUGAAUUUGAAGUUUUGGGUGAAUGUUUGAAUCGUUAAUCGUUUUAAACUACAUGUUGACGCGCUACACACGUCGCGUGUCCACAAUUUGCCUUGGUGUGAAUUUCUGUGUGUGUGUCAUUUUUACUUUAUCUACGCAGCAAGUUCUCUUUUGCACACACCGAACUGGUAUAUUGCCUACUCUUGGUUCGGACGUAAUACUUCCUGGAAUUUUGAAUGUUAUUGUAAUGGUUUAAUUAAACGCUUGCUUUUACUUUUAAAGUUUUAAUUAUAAAUGAUCAUUAGCGAUGCACUCCGCCUUCCCGCGUCGAUCGCUGCUGUUCGCUGUGCACUUUGAAAUGUUUACUUUCGUGUCUUAUUUUACUUGAACUGAAUAAUGUGAGACAUUAAUGAAUCGGUAAGAAGACAAUCGCCAUUGUGUAUGUAAAAGAGCAUUUUUCAAUUGCAAUAAAUGUCAUUUAUUAUAAUAGGUACGGUGUAUAUGACGGUGGCCAAAUUUUCAUUAGCUAUUCGGGAUAGUCUCGAUGUCGUGUGAUAUCUACCUCUGUAUUUUAAGAUAUUGACGAGUGAACGCCGUCUCGCUUCCCGCGUCUCUGUGUCAGCGAGGGAGUGUAUGAGCUAAAUAUAUUUAAGUAUUAUGUAAAGUUCAUUUCCAUAGAAUUCGUGCAAAGUAUAGUACAUAUAUGUUUAAAUUAAUUAAUACUGGGCCUUCCUGUAUACUAUGUACGUAACAUAGUGUUUGUUUA